AUGACCAAGGGUACCUCCAGCUUCGGCAAGCGCCACAACAAGACGCACGGUCUUUGCCGUCGUUGCGGUCGCCGCUCCAUGCACAUCCAGAAGAAGACCUGCGCUUCGUGCGGUUUCCCUGCUGCCAAGACCCGCAAGUACAACUGGAGCGAGAAGGCCAAGCGGAGAAAGACCGACGGCACCGGCCGCAUGCGCUACCUCAGCACCGUCACCCGACGAUUCAAGAACGGCUUCCAGACUGGCACCCCCAAGGGCGCCCGGGGUGCUCCCACUUCAUAA